UUCUUUUGAUUAUGGGAUGAAUUAUUACCUGCUUUUGACACUUUUUGUGAUAUUCUGUAUUUUAUUCUCACAGGGGUACACACCUUUACACAUUGCAGCACUGCACAGGCAUCGACAUAUAUUUGACCAGCUGGUCAGGACAUAUGGAGCAAAUGAGAAUUUGCGGGACUACAGCGGCCACAUAGCAUAUCAUUACCUCAACUUACGGGAAACACAAUUAGAAGACCAUGAGCUAUCUGAAGUCAGCGAGUGCCACAGUCUAACCCAGGCUGGCGAGCGCAGGAACAGGAAGAUCACCUCAUUAUUUCACUCCAUGAAGAAGUGGGGUUCAGCAGAGGAGCUGGCGCCCAUACCGGAGGAGAGGACUGUUGCUCAUCAGCUCAUGCUGCCUGCGUUUAGGCCCAGAAAGUUCUCACGGUAGACAAUGUUAAGUCCAAAGAUCUUCAGUAUCGCUUUAGUGCCACGUGGAUAGUUUACAGAUGAAAAUGCACUUUGCUGCUUGUUUCGCACAAAUAGUAUGAUGUAGUUGUAUUCACAUUUAAGUAGCUUUUUAGCUCAAUAAUUAGCAUUUGUAAUGUUAUGCCACAGCAUUGUGAGAUUCUGUGUGUCUUUUUUCUCUGCUAAAGGUUUACAGUUUUUAUUAAGCAAUGAAAAGGCAUUUUAAAAUACCUGUACAUCAUAUGAUCCUAAGAUUUUACAAGAACUCAGUUUCACUAAAUAUGUCAAUGCUAAAGUUCUAUCUUGAAUAGAGACCAACUUUAGCUUUUAUUUGCCUUAUCUUCACCCUACAUAAG